AUGAGUUUGGCCGACGGAAUGGAGUGUUUCCCACGAGCCGCGGAUUCUUCCGAAAUCGGAAUGCCACGUCACAACGAACUGAGAGGAAGUGUGGAGGGUCCGACGAAAAGAGAGGUAAAACCGCAUCUUUCGGGGCAUUUUUCAUGUUGUGUCUGAACUUUCAGCGCAUCAAACGAAUGGAUGACAUACUCGCGAAACGGAUUGCCAGUUUCUCGAAACAUUCCAAGAAAGCUUCGGACCCGAAAACGGUUGGAAGCAUGCGAGAGGAGGAAAUCGUCAAAGUUCCGACAUAUUCGGAUUUGAGACCUCAUUCGUCUGCUGAAAUUGAUGUGAGCUGUGGUCGAUUUGCAACUGGAAAUCUCCUUUUUUUUCAGUGUAACACACGUACCUCGUCCGCCCAAUCGCUUCCAUCGCCGCCAACUCAAAGGACCGGCUCAAUCUUCCCCGCCACGGUCCCUCUGGCCGCCCAACUGCAGCCGAUCAACACGGGAAUCUCGCUCGACGAGAAUCGGCGUCUCUGCCAAGGAAUCAUGAAUCAGAUCAUCGAAAUGAGAAAGAUGCCCGAGGGAGCCGGCCAUCUCGAGACCCUUCACUGUCUCGUCGCCUCGCUCAUUCCGAUGAUGAUCGGAGAGGAUCCAAGUGCGCCGGAACGAGAAAAAUUCGUGACGAACCUUCUCACCAAUUUGGGCUAUCCGGCAGGAACCGCCAGUUCACUGGGCAAACGACAGAAUCCGAAGACCGCGCGAAGAGGCAGAAGACCGGCGAACAAGAGCUCGGACGACAUUUCUCCGGAAGUUCUCAAAAUGCUCGGCGCCAUUAAACAAGCGACACCGCCACGGGCUCCGGUCCCGAUGAUCCGCGCACCGAUCUCGAUGGUCCAGACGUCUCAAGUGUGGAUUCCACCGCCCGAAUCGAGUGUUCGCAAUCCUAAGGCUCCGGCUGCGCAAAAACCGACGGCGCCGAGUCCAGCAGCUCAGAACUUCAUGAUCUCGGCGAUUGUCGCUAACCCGACUGUUUCCUCUUCGUUCUCGCCCUCAAAACGACCCUUUCCGACCCCGGAACCAGUUAUUCAGGCAGUUCGGGACCUGGUCCAAGCGGCCAAAGCCGCUCGAAAUGCCGAUAUUGCCCCGCUGCCAAAUUUUUCCUAUGUGGUAGGCUGUUUCACAAUAUUACUAGAGUAGCUUUGUGGUAUUUGUGUUUCUAGAAUGUUUUAGCGAUAAUGGUCGAUUUGGACAUGAGAAAUCAUGGUUUUGUGAGAGAGACCCAGUUUUGGAAAUAUACAAUAGAGACAAGUGACAAACUUUGAAAGGGUACUGUAGUGUCCGAUGUCGUCCUUUAGCUCUAAAAAUUUUUUUGUGAAAUCUUUACAUCUGAUAUUACAUUUUUGUAGUUGAACACUUUUUUGUACGACCACUCCCUGGAGUACUGUAGCCCUGCGAAGUUGGCACCGAAAUCAGCGGUUCUGAAACGGUAAUAACCAUAGUUGCCACGGGCCGGGCCGGGCCGGGCCGGGCCGGGCCGAAAAUUCCAAAACUCCGGCCCGGCCCGGCCCGUCGGCCCGGCCCGGCCUGUCGGCCCGGCCCGGCCCGGCCCGGCCCGACCCGGCCCGGCCCGGUCGGCCCGGUUCAAAAAGCGGGAAUUCAAAAUUUGAAUUAUUGAUCGCAUGAAUCCAUUUUUUUGUAGAAUUAGGGGUUUUUUUGCAAGCAUCGAACAUUGAAAAAAACAAAUGUAUUUCUCAUAAAAAAAAUUCAUAAUAGCAAGAAAAACAAAGAAGAAACACUAAAACUUUAGUUCGAAAAAUUUUUUUGUAAUGACGAAAAAAAUUUCCGCGAAAAUUUGAAUUCCCGCCUUUUUGAACCGGGCCGACCGGGCCGGGCCGGGCCGGCACUUCACCGACCCUGCCCGGCCCGGGCCGGCACUUUACCGGCCCGGCCCGGCCCGGGCCGACCCGGGCCGGCCCGCAUGGCCGGCCCGAAAUCUGGCAAGUCUGGUAAUAACUUCAAAGAGCUACAGUAGCCCAGAGAGUGGUUGUACAAAAAAGGUGACAACGAGAAAAGUGAAGUGCUAGACGUCAUGAAUUGAAAAUCAAGUGUUCUAGUAGCAUCAAACGUCUAUUUCCAGUUCUCUGGCUUAACUUCCACGUCGCCUUCUUGUCCGUCGUCCCAAUCGAACUCGGAUCCGCCGGAUCAGCCGCCCGUCAAAAAAGCAAAGAUUCUCGACGAAAUUCGCGAAUCCGCGUCCCGCAGUCUUGCCGAAAUCCGCGAAUCGGUGCUCGGUCAGACGGGACCGGAGACGUCGCGGCUCCGUCCGAUCGGCCAGUGUCCACUGCGUCCGGCCGGCAAAUCGCUGCCCGACAUGGAGCCCUUCUACGAUUACGUCAUCCGGUCCCUCUGGUUCGCCGAGCACUACCAGGGACACGGCGACUGCUCGGAACUGUUCGGUUUCGAGUGGAGACAGCUGCAGGAAACGUAUUGCUGCCCGCCCACUUUCACAGAGAACCGCGCGUUCGUGCCGAUGCUCGUCGCCGCACUCAAAUGGGCCAUUUGGGAACGGAACAUGGAAGAGGACUUGGUCAGUUUUCACAAAAUAAUGAAAAUGUGAGAAUUGUCGAAAAAUUAGAAACAUCAUCGCCAUAUUUAGCGUUAAUUUGAAUUGCAGCUCAAAAUUCUGAACACGUACCCAUCGAUCCGUCAGAAUCACAAUUUGAAGACCUUCAUCGAAGCGCAUGAAAAAACUGGAAUUGAAAAAGUUAGUUUUUCGCUUUCAAUCUUUCAAUAUCAUCCCUUUUUUCCAGGUCAUCCCGAUCGAUAAGGAGCUACAAAUCGAACACGAACGCAAUCUCAUCAUCAAAACAUUGAACUAUCUCUCGGAAAAAUAUUGUAAGUUAAAAAGACAAAAUGGCAAAAAGUUUCGCUCCCGGGUGGGCUCGAACCACCAACCUUUCGGUUAACAGCCGAACGCGCUGCCUAUUGCGCCACGGAAGCGGCGAUUGCCCUCUGCCGAUUUUGCCGAUAUGAAACCGGCGGGCGCCCGUCGAAAAUUGAGGAAAAAAAGCCAAAACUUUUGUUUUCGCAGCAACGGUGAAAUUCGACGUCGUCCAGCUCUUCUCGUUCCUUUUUUUCAAUCUUCUCCAAGGAUUUCCGUUCUACAAACUGCAGGGAUGGCCGCUCAUCGUUCAGAUAAUCACCGAUCAAUUGGACGCCUCCGGAGCAUACUAA